AUGACCUUGCUGGUCGCGCUGUUGGUGGCCUUGCCGUUUCUGGCAAGCGCGGCUGCAAGGGCGGACCGCAACGUGUCGCAGUUUGUUCCUGACAACGACUACACACCGCAGAAGAGCGGCAUUCCAUUUCCCCUGCAGGAUGAGUCUAUCCAACCGUGGGUUCACCUCGGUCAGCCCUCAAAGACAGCAGAGUCUGGCGAAGCUGCUGCGGCAUCCAGCUGUACACCUCUGACAGCUUCAUCUCCGACUGCCUGGUGGUACGAAGACGUCGCCCACAAUGGCUCGUCAUCCUUCAUGUCUUCCGAGUACAGGAGCGACUACUCUGUCUUUCGCAAUGUCGUGACCGACUACGGCGCCGACAACACUAAUAGUACCAACGCCGCGACCGCUAUUCAAAAUGCUAUCAAUGGUAGGCAUCCGAGCACUCUGUCGCUAUCUGGCCCUUCGAAUGGUGGCCCCGCCAGAGGCUCUGGCAACUAUGGAACAACCGGCCAACCAGCAGUCGUCUACCUCCCUGCUGGUACUUAUUUGAUGUCGAGCAGUAUUCAGCUCUAUGUCGGCACUUUGCUUGUCGGGGACCCCAUCAACCCGCCAACUCUUGUAGCUACUUCCGACUUCGCGGAUGAUCACAUCAUUUACGCAAAGGACCCGAACUACGGAGGCACCGUCAACUUCUACAUUGGUAUCAAGAACAUCAUUAUUGACUCCACCGCGGUCGACCCCUCCACAAGCUUGGGUCUCGUCGACUGGACCGUCAGCCAGGCGACCCAAUUAGCCAACGUGGUUUUCAACAUGCCCGACUAUUCCACUGGCCAUGUGGGCGUCACCGCUGAGUAUGGCUACAACAGCAACGUCAUCUUGAAUGAUCUGACGUUCAAUGGCGGUGCCUAUGGGCUGCAGCUUUCAGGCCAACAGUGGAUCUUUAAGAACAUCAAAACCAGUGGUACCACCACCGGUAUUUCUGCGGGAGGAUUUAGCGUCGUCUGCCUCUCCUGCUCGUUUGAGUACGGUGCCGUUGGUAUUGACGCCACCGUCGUCGAUGGGGUAGUCAGCGUGAUCGAUACCUCAGGCCUCGACCUUGAGUAUCUCGUAAGCGGAACAAGCAGUGGCGGUGCAGGCUACUCUAUCGUUCUGGAAAAUGUCUCAUACGACGGAACUACUGUUGCUAUUGAUGGUUCCGAGGUCUUGUCUGGCGACGUCACUGAUACCUGGGUCUAUGGCAAUGUGUAUUCCAGUGGCAGCUCCAGUGCUAGUCUAGCCACCGGCAGCACAGAGUCGACUCCCCGCUCUUCGUCGCUCUUGUCCGAUGGCAAAUAUUUCAUCACUGAAAAACCGCCGACAUUCCAGGAGUAUUCUGUCGAUCAAGUUCUCAAUAUCAAAUCGAUUGCUGAUCUGCCCGUCUAUGGUGAUGGUUCUACUGAUGACACUGCUAACAUCAACUCCAUCCUCUCGCAAUACGCUGGAUGCUAUGUGAUCUAUUUCCCAGCCGGAACAUAUAUCGUGACUGAUACGAUCACGAUCCCGUCCGGAUCUCGUAUCUAUGGCGAUGCUUACGGAACAGCCAUUUCGGCCAUCGGCAGUAACUACUACAAUCCCGAUGCUCCAGGGACCAUGAUCCAGAUCGGAAAUGCCGGCGACGUUGGCGUUGCACAGAUAGUUGACAUGAUCUUCACAGUCGCAGACGUUCUGCAAGGAUGCAAAUUGGUUGAAUUGAACAUUGCUGGCAGCUCACCUGGCGAUGUUGGCAUCUGGAAUUCUCAUUUCCGUAUUGGAGGUGCGGCUGGCAGUCUAGUUGAAACAAACUGUGGCGGAACUCCUGAUGAGUGCAAGGCUGCUUGGGGCUUGCUCCAUCUCACCAAUACCUCCUCUGCCUAUAUCGAGAACAUGUGGGGUUGGACUGCUGAUCACGACUUGGAUGGAGGCAAUACUCAGACAAUUUCAACUGGUCGUGGUGCACUCAUCGAAGCCACUUCAGGCACCUGGCUUAUCGGAACUGCCAUGGAACAUCACACUUUGUACCAAUACAACUAUAAUAACGCAGAAAACGUCGUUUCCGCGUUUCAGCAAAGUGAAACACCCUACUGGCAGGGUCCAGGCAACGACCUCGCUCCCGCCCCUUGGACGGACAAUCUUAUUGCCUCUGAUCCUACUUUCGAUAACUGCGAAUCCGGUGACGAUAUCUGCUACAUGGCCUUUUUCGAGCGCAUAUCUGGGUCGUCCAAUUUGUUUCUGUACAACGGCAUGGUAUGGGUGUUUUUUAAUGACGACGGUGAUUGCACUGGCAAUUACUGCCAAGGGAAUGCCGUCGAUAUCACCGAUUCAAGCUCAAUUUACCUGUAUGGCCAGCAAGUCGACUCGGUCCAAAAUAUCUUCUUGGAAGAUGGAACCGCUAUAGCCACGGAAAGCGCCAACAGCGGAGGUUGGGGAGGAGUUGUGGCUGCUUAUUUGUACAACUCUUGA